AUGAAAAAUAAAAGAUCAUUAAUAUAAGAAUAAUAACCAGAUCAUGAUACUAUCAGAAGACAGAAUGAAAUUAUCCUGCAACCUGCAAUCUAAGUUUAUAAGAUGUAUACUCAAUUGCACACAGCAGCCUAGGCUGAAUAAGUGGCUGAUUCUCUCUCCACAAUAGAAUUUAUGUAGAAACAAUGUGAUAAGAAUAUGAAGGUCAGAGAGUUUGCUAUGUAUGCUGCUUAGUUUUUUAAAUAUGAACACUAUAAUUUUGGUUAGCCAAUAAUGAAUUAAGGGGAGUAUGGAGAUAGAUUCUACAUUCUGUUACAUGGUGAAGUGGGUGUCUAUAUUAAAAGAUCAGCUGAGGAUGUUGAAUAAGAAUUGGAUUUCAUCACACAAUAAGGUAGUGAAACAAACAUUGGAGGUGGUCAAUUGAAAAAAAAGAAAACUAUCCAACUACCUUCAUUCAAUAGAUAUGAUCUGGCUCUUAGAAUGUUGAAUGAAAAUCCCAUGUAUCAUAAUAGUGGCAUCCCAUUGUUCAAGAAGGUGUGGCAGUACUAUUCUGGUUAAUGUUUUGGUGAUUAAGCAUUAAUUCUUGAUCAACCAAGAUCUGCUAGUGUGAUUGUGGUAUCUGAAGAAGCACACUUGAUUUCUAUGAAUAAACAUGAUUACAAAUUGGUCUAUGAGAAAUAGAUACAAGAAUAAAAUGUGAAAAUUGAAUACUUUAUGAAAUUAUUCAAUGGAGCUUCCAAAUUCACUGUUUCUAAAUUCACAUAAAAUUUAAGAACAAUCAAUUUUGCAUCCUAAACUAUGUUAUGGAAAGAAGGUGAAGAACCUAAGUUUUACUUUCUGAUUCAAAAGGGAAGAGUAGAACUCUUUAGACAUAUUUAAGAUGAUGUCACUAAUUAAUCUACUACAAAAAAGAAAAAGAAAAUUGUCCUAAGUUAAUUAUCAGACAAUGCCUUUGUGGGCUAGGAAGAAAUCAUUGAUUCUUUGCCUCAAAGAUUGUAUUCAUGUCAAGUAUUGGAUAACACUGUUGCCUAUUAUAUGGAAGCAGCAGAAUUCAAUAAUUUAAAAAAGAACUUUCCAGAUAUCGUUAAAUUAUUAAAAGAUAAAAGCAAUCUAAUCUAAGAAUAUAUGACUAAUAGACAAGCCAAAAUCAUUUCUAUCUUAUAACAACAUGACAAGGAUUAAAGUUCUCAACCUCAACAAUUUUAAAUUACAGAAAGAAAAACAAUCCAAGAAAUCUUCAAAAAUCCAGAAGAAAGACCAGAUAAAAAUGAUGUGCGAUCUCAAAAACCAAGAGUCUUAUUGCAAUCUGAAAUUGCCCAUUAGAAUAUGAUCUAUCAUCUUAAAAAAUUGCCUAAUGACCCAAAAACUAAAUUCCUUAUGCUUGAUAAAGAAAUGAUUGAUCAAAUCAGAGACAGAGUUUCCAGAAAAAUCUAAACUAAUGCUGAAAAGAAAAUAAGAAUCAAAACUACUUCCCUUGAUGACAACCAAAUUUUAAUUAAUAGAGUUCAAAGUGCAGCCAGUACAAAAUCCAAAAGAUUAAAAAAAUUUGAUAAUAUUGAACCUGUACUUUAAAUUACUUCUUCAGAACCAAAUCUACUUUCACCCAAUUUUGCUACCUCUUCUACCACAACAAUACCUAUUGUUCAAAGAGCAUGGAAUCCUUUGAGUAAAUAAUUAAAAGCCAGAAUGCGUAAAACCAUGAGUUGCAUGUUUAGUCGAAAUACUGUCCCUACAAGAUAAACUGAAUCUGAUGAAAUUUUUUCUUAAUUCACUCAACCUGUCAGAAUUCAUACCGGAAAAUCUCAUAGUAGAAAAAUAACUUCCUCUAUUGCUUCCAGAAAAAAAAGUGCUUAAUGCCACAGUUUUAUUUGA